AUGUUAUUUUCUUUCCUAUUUCUUUCUCUAUGUUUACUUCUUUUCUUUUCAUUUUUAAUCUUUCUCCCACUCAAGUUAUUUUUCAGUUCUUAUUUCCUUCCUCCUCUUAAUUGCUGUUGUUCUCAGCCUACGUACUUUCUUUCUUUUUUUCUUUCUUUCUUUCUUUCUUUCUUUCUUCUUUUCUUUCUUUGUUCAUCAUUUCUGUUAUCCUUUUUCUCUUCUCUCUGCCACAUCACGAAUCUUCUGGCAACCUACAUCUCUAUCUCGUUUGCACGACUUCUUUCUUUCUGUCUUUCUUUCUUUCUUUCUUUCUUUCUUUCUUUUACUGUGUUCAUCAUUUUCUUCUUUUCUUUUCCCCUUCUAUUUUCUCCCUUAGACAAUCUACGUACUUUCUUUUCUUUCUUUCUUUCUUUGCUCAUCAUUUCCUGUGUCCUUUUUCUCUUCUCUCUGCCGCAUCACAAAUCUUCUGGCAAGCUACAUCUCUAUCUUGUUUGCACGACUUCUUUCUUUCUUUCUUUCUUUCUUUCUUUCUUUCUUUCUUUUACUGUGUUCAUCAUUUUCUUCUUCUCAUUUUCCCUUCUCUUUUCUCCUUUAUUCAAUCUACUUAAGUUCUUUCUUUCUUUCUUUCUUUCUUUCUUUCUUUCUUUCUUUCUUUCUUUCUUUCUUUGCUCAUCAUUUCCUUUGUCCUUUUUCUCUUCUCAUUGCCAUUCACUUCUGGCAACCUACAUCUCUAACUCGUUUGCCCAAAUUCUUUCUUUCUUUUACUGUCUUCAUCAUUUUCCGCUUCUCUUUUUUCCUUCUCUUUUCUUCCAUUUUCAAUCUACGUUCUUUCUUUCUUUCUUUCUUUCUUUCUUUCUUUCUUUCUUUACUCAUCAUUUCCUUUGUCCUCUUUCUCUACUCUCUGCCACAUCACUUAUUUUCUGCCAACUACAUUUCUAUCUCUUUUGCACGAUUUCUUUUUCCAAUUCUCUUUUUCUGUUCAUUUGGCCAAUCGUUUUCUCGUCGUCUUCUUUUCCGCAAACUAAAUCGCUAGUCAAUUACCUAUCCGUGUUUUCCAUUUUUAUUCCUUCUUUCCUUCUUUAUUUGUUUCGUUUUUUCUUUCUUUCUUUCUUUCUUUCUUUCUUUCUUUCUUUCUUGCCAUUACCUCAAUCUUCUUCUUCCUUUAGACUUUCCUUGCCUCAUUGGACGCAUACCUUACUCAAAUCCUUGUCUUUGGUUUUAUCUUUCCUAAUUAAUUUUUUUCUUUCUUUUUUUCUUUCUUUGUUUCUUUCUUCUUUUUUUUUGCUUCAUUUCUAUCCUUCUUUUUUUUCCUUCUGUGGCGCUUCGUUUCUUUCUUUCUUUCUUUCUUUGCCGUUUCAUUUUGCUUCGUUCCUUUCUUUUCGUUUUUUUUGUUUUUCUUUCUUUCUUUCUUUCUUUCUUCCUUCCUUUCUUUCUUUCUUUCUUUCUUUCUUUUCUUCUUUGUUUGUUUGUGUGUUUCUUUCUUUCUUUGUCGUUUCAUUUUGUUUCGUUCCUUUCUUUUCGUUUUUUUUGUUUUUCUUUCUUUCUUUCUUUCUUUUCUUCCUUCCUUCCUUUCUUUCUUUCUUUCUUUCCUUCUUUGUUUGUUUGUAUGUUUCUUUCUUUCUUUCUUUCUUUUUUUCUUUCUUUCUUUCUUUCUUUCUUUCUUUGCCGUUUCAUUUUGUUUCGUUCCUUUUCUUCUUUCUUUCUUUCUUUCUUUCUUUUUUCUCCUUCCUUCCUUUCUUCCUUCAUUCAUUCAUUCAUUCUUUUUCUACAACCCUUGCAUCUUUCCUUCCUUCCUUCCUUCCUUCCUUCUUUCUUUCUUUCUUUCAUUCAUUCCUUUUUCUACAUCUCCUUGCAUCCUCCCUUCCUUCCUUCGUUCAUUCAUUCCUUUUUCUACAUAUCCUUGCAUCCUUCCUUCCUUCCUCCCUCCCUUCCUUCCUUCCUUCCUUCCUUCCUUCCUUCCUUCCUUUUUCUACAUCUCCUUGCAUCCUUCCUUACUUUCUUACUGCCUUCCUUCCGCCCUUACUUCAUUAA